AUGAAAUAUUUUUCUAAACUAGUUUACUUCUUUUUAACAAUAGGAUCUAAUACAGAGAGAAGAAAAUAGAAAGUAGAUUAUGGAAAUCUGGCCAUGAUAGUAUUUUAUUUUAUUUAAUUACUUGGAUAUCUAUAUAGUUAAUUUGAAAGUAAAACUCAAGUGUUUUAUGAAAAUGAUUAUUUAGCAUAAAUUGGUUAAUACUCAUCAAUACCAUUUAUGAUGAUUGUUAUCCAUUAUGAUCCUUUUACAACAUUAGUUUAUUAUUGUAUAUUUGGUACAAUGUGUUCAAUCUAUGGAAUUAUAAUAUUUCAAAUUCUUUUUAAAGUAUAAUAAGUACUUAUUAAUUAGCCUUUGCCUCCAUCAAAUUUAAUCAAUAGAUUUGUAAAGUUUUACUUUUAGAACUUUUAAUGGUAUUUUUUAACACCUUUUCAUGAAACUAUGAUUGGUGUAUUAACUUGUGGACGUUUAGCCUAUUUGGAAUAACAUGCAGGUUUGAAUCCUCGAAAUUGUUUUGCUGAAAUAUCUCCUCAUUUUUUAGUAAUAAGUUUUUUAGGAUAAGCUUUGGUAAUUAUUUCAGGAUUCCUUUCAUUAUAUUGUUUUAGAAAUUAUGAAUUUAUAUAAGGAGAUCUAAUGAGAAAAUUUAGUUAUUUAAACUUUUUAACCAUUUUAUUACAUAUGAUAUUAUAAAUGGCUUCAUUUUGGAAAGAAAUGUAUGAUAAUUACAAUAUUAUAAUACAUGUAAUUUUUAUAAUGAUAAUGUUUAUAAUUUCACUAGAUACAUUUAGCAAUUUUCCUUUUGGUUUUUCUAGUGAAACUAUACAUUUUAGUUAGUGUUUGCUAAGUGCUACAUUUUUUGAAAUUUUGGUUGCAAUUUGGAUAUUUUCUGAUUUAGAUGAUGGUCAUAUAUUUUUAACAUUUUGCAUAGUUGUACCUGUAAGAAUUAAACUUAAUUAUAGUUGAUUUUUGGAAUUAAUUAAGCAUUUUAUGAUAAUUACAUUGAUAAUUAAUGUUAAUAAUUUGUAAGAUCUAGAUGUAAAACUAUUAGUGAACAUCCUUUAGAAGUAAUAUGCUAGUUAUGUCAUUAAGAUAUAAAAUAGUAACAUGAUUAUUUUUUGGUAUUGAAAUAUUUAGAGAUUCAUUGUUAAAAUUGUUGUGAUUUAAUAUGUCCUUGCAAAUAAAAGAUCAAUAAAUUUAUACACAAUCAUAAUUAAUUAAGUACAAAUUAAAUAUAUUUAUGGGUUCAGUAUGAAUUUUAAUAGAUGAUUAAAUCUAUUCUAUAAAAUACAGAACUAUUUAAAUAAUUUGAAUAAUUAACUAUUAAAUUUGUUACUUUCCUCUAAAAAUACAGAGAAAAUUAAGUGUUAUCAUAUAAGAUAAUUUAAGAUGUAAUUUAAACUUUUAAAAAAAUAAAUUCAGAUAAAAAACCCUUUUUUUUCUUAAAUUUGGCUAAACAUAUAUAAUACUAAAAUAAAGUUGAAAUGGAGAAUAUCAACAAAGCAGGAUCAUAGAUAUCACAAUCAGAAUAUUUAACUUUAUAAGAAUUUAAUUUGUUUUAUAGAUAUGAAUAAAGUUUAGUUAGUAAUCUUAAUGGAUUAUUAGUAACAUAAAAAUAAUUAUGGAUUGAAAAACUGAGAAAUCAAAUUUAAUUAGAAAAGAUUUUAAGUUGUUCUAAUGAUAUAAUGAAAAGAACAUUAAUUUUGAAAAAAAUAAUAAAAAAGUUUGAGAACUCAAAAGAAUCUCCAAAAAUAGAUACUAUAUUAACUCUUAGAAUAAAAUUAGUUAGUAGUUUAGUUUGUAUGGAAGAUAUAAAUUUAUCAAUGAAAAUAGCUAGACAUAUAUAAAGUUAUGAAAAAGAUUUAAUUAAUCAAAAGUAAUUAAACUUUAAUUCUUUAUAAUUUAUAUAAGGAUAAGCAUUGUCAGUGAUUUCAAAUAUAUCUACUUAAACAUUUGGUUAAAUAUCUUAAUAAAUAAAUGAUUAAUUUUACAAUUUCUUUGGAUAUGAGAACAAUAAUGGAGCAACAUUGACUAAGAUAGAGUAAUUAUUGCCAAAUAAAAUAGGAAAAAUUCACAAUGGAUUGAUUGAGUCUUUUUUAUAAAAAGGGAAAUCAAGUAGAUUAUACUAAAAUUCAGAUUAGUUUAUAAUAAAUUCUGAUAAUUUGAUUGAAAAGGUUAGUAUUUGUCUAACUACUCUAUUUCCUUAUUAAAAUGAAUAAUACUAGUUUUUAAUGAUAGGCCAUAUAUUAAAAAGGAUGAAAUAUGAAAAAAGGGAAAUAGAUUAUAAUAAAAGAGGAUAUAUAUUAGUUGAUUAAAAUUUCCUUGUAUUUGGAUUAACUAGAAAUGUUUAUGAAAGAAUCAAUUACAAAUAUUUUUAUAAAAAUGAAAAAGAUUUAGAAUUGAUAAUGCCUCAAGAAAUAUAUGAUGAAUAUUCUAUAUAAACAUUAAUUCCUUAAUUAUCUUUAAUUUUAGAAGAAUAUUAUAAAUUAUUGGCUUUAAGAAAUGAAAAGAAAAUAUUGAAACAUGAUAUAAUAUGUUAAAGAGAAAUAGGAGUAUUUCAAUGUCCAUCUACUAAAAUUCAAAAUGUUAAGACAAGUUCAACAUUGUUAACUAAAAAAAAUACUAAUAAACAUAUGAUGAAUAUUUUAAAAGAUGCUAAUUUUAGUUUGGCUAAUAUUCCUACUUUCUCUUAAAAAUAAUAUCCUAUUGAAUAUAGUGUUACACAAAAAGUCUUAGAUUAUGUUGAGAAUGAUGCAAUAAAUGAAUUCUUAUAUUUUAUAAUAGAACUUGACUUUUUAGAAGAUCCAAAAUUAAAUGCAACUCCAUCUUAAGUUAUUGCUCGAAGUCCAGCACUUUCUGAUUUAUUAAGAUAUUAAUAAAUUCAAGUAGAAUAAAUUAGACCUAAUUAAAGUAAUAUAAUAUUAUCUAAUGAUGAUAAUAAUGAUUAGAUAGAAUUAAUGGCAGAAUUAACAAAUACAGGAACAAGAAGAAGUUCUAAUGAGAUAAUAGAUCAAUUAGAAAAGAUUAUUAUCUAUAUCAAUGAUACUCUAUUACCAAAAUCAAUAAAAGAUUUAAUUGCAUAAUUCUUAAUACAAAUUUUAGUUUUUGCUACUAUAAUAAUAGUACUUUCUAGUCUUUUUAAACAUAAGAGAUCUAUUUAAUCAGACUGUAUUGAAUAGAUAACUUAUGAUUUAAACUUCUUGGAUGCUUAUAGUUAAGCAAUGGCUGGAUCUAGACAUGUGAUAUACUAUAGAGAUUUUUAUUCUAUUUAGAAUAAUUCAUUAAUUUAUUUAAAUCUUAAUCAAAUAAAUUUUAGUAGAUAUGAUAAGAUUUAUGUAGCUUGGUAACAUAUUUCAAAAGGGAAUAUUAGAUUAAAUAAAAUGUAUGAAAAUUAUACAAAAAGAGCUUAAAAGAGUUAAAUUAAACUUUUGACUAUAUAUUUUGUAAAUUUUGACUUAAAAUCUAAAAUUUAAUAAGAAGUCUAAGAUUAUUCAACCUAUUAUCAAAUAAUGCAUUAAACUUUCUAUCUUUAAUAUCAAUCAUUUUCCUCAUCUCCUUAAAAUUAUUUAUCUGGAAAUGAUGAUUCAUACAUUACAUAAUUGGCAAGAUCUCAAGUAUAUUACAAUUUCUUUGAUGUAAUUGAAAGUGCAAAUUUUACUCUAUAAGACUGUCAAUCUUAUAAUCUAUAAAUCAAUGAUUAUUUUGAUACUAUUAUAAUCUUUUACUUUUUAGGAAUGUAUAUUAUCUUAAUUUUAGUAUUGAUUUCAAUUAUUAUUCAUUACUAUAGAGUUGUAAAAUCAAUCAAAAUAUAUAUCAAACUAUUUAAAAUGUGUGAUAAAGAGGAUUGUUAACAUAUAAUUCAUUUAUGUGAAUCUUUGAUAAGUAUGGUUAAUUAUGAUAAAAUCUUUUUAAGACAAUAGGAUUUUAAAGUAAUUAUGGCAUAACCUCGUCAUACAUUAGAAAAUGUGAAAAAAUCUUAAUCUAAAACAACUAUCAUAUUGAUUAGAAAGAAAAGUAAUAAUUAAAGAUCAAUUAAAAAUAAUUAAAAUAAUUUAAGUUUUUAUUCUAUAAUUAUGCUUAUAUUAAUAUCAAUAGGUCUAAUUACAUACAUAUUAUCAUUUCAUUUAUACUAUAUUCAUAUUAAAAAUUCGAUAACUCCAAUCAGUAAUUAAGCUAUUUUAGCAUAAGAAUCCAGAUUAAAUUUUAUUGCUUCUGUGAAUAGAUUUGAUUUAUACUUUAUAAAGUUAUAUUAUGAAACUUACUCAAGACUUAAUUAAGUGAAUGAAAAUUAUUAAUUUACUAGCAAAAACAUUUAAACUGAUACUCAAAUCUUAUAAUUAUUAACUAUAAAUAUUGAAACUUUAAUAUUAGAUUUAAAAAGACUCAAGGCAAUUAACUUUGUUGAUUUAAUAUUUCAUAAUGAUUAAGCUAAUUCUCAAUUAGAUAGUAAUCAAUAAGAUUAAAUAUUGAAAAAUGAUGUUUGUAUUUUUACAGGUUGUAAUAUGCAAACAGAACUUUUAUUUGAUAGAUUAUUUAAAAAUGAAUUGAUGCCUCUAUUUUAUACAGGUGUUUUAAAUUUACAUACCAAAAUAUUAUCAUUUAUAUAAGAUGCAUUUUAAGUAGUCUAAUAAGAUUUAAGUGAUGUAGAAAUAAUUAUGAAUUUAGAACAUAUUUUUAAUGAUAGUGAUUAUCUAAUUUAUAUGCAUUGGGGAUUAGAUAUUAUCCAAUUCUAAAUAUAAGAGUUUAGUUAAUAUUUCUUAAAUAUAUCACAAUAAACAAUCAAUUCUCUUACAUAAAAUAAUCAACUAUUAAUCAUUUCAAUUGGAACUCUUUUACUCAUUUUAAUUUCAAUUUUUUCAAUUAUGUUUAUCAAUAUUUAAUAUCAGAGAUAUGUACAAUCUAAAGCUAUAAUAAAAUGCAUUCCACUUCCAAUACUAUUUUAGAAGAAUAUUCCAAAACAUUUGGAAAACUUUCGUAGAAAAUAUGAACAAUGA